AUGUUUUCCAGACGACAGCCACAAACUCCUGAUAACUUCUCCAGAUAUCGUGCCACCAAAGCAUCGUCCCGAUCUCGCGCACGCGAGAGCUCUAGUUCGGCCAAUCGAGUUUAUGGAAAAGGUCAUGCGGAAAGGAGACGAAGAAUUGAACCUGUGACGCCUCCAAAUUCAUCCUCUCCACCCAAAAGAAACGCCUCCCCUGUAAUAGUGCUCCGAGUAGGACCCGAACAGCGUCUCUUCGCCGCCCAUGAAUCCAUCCUCUGCGCAUCUCCUUUCUUCUCUUCCCUCUACGCCCCGGAAAGCCCCAGCCCGCCACUCCACAACCAGCCGCACGUGCCGCAUCCAACCAAGCGCAUCGAAUUGCCCGAUGAAUCCCCCGAGGUCCUCUCUUGCAUUCUAGAGUUCCUUUAUAAAGGCGACUACUACCCUCGCCUUCGACACGAUGCCAAUCGUCGAACCUGGGAGCUGGAAGAUGCCUCUGCGCAAGGCGGUCCCUGUGCGACCAUCUAUCAUCACCGCGGGGGCUUGAUACUGCGCGAUACUGCCAUUUACUGCGCCGCCCAAGAAUAUUCCCUCCCAACACUCCAACGCCUCGCGCUGCGCAAACAAGGCCUGCAAACGGGUAUAGAUUGUAGCACGAUCCUUGCCAGUGCUCGCUACGCCUAUGCCAACACGCCCGAGACGGAGUCCAGGCUCCGGGCGCAUUAUUUGGCGCUGAUUAUUCGAUCCAGGGGCACUUUUAAGAGGAGCGGGACUAUGCAGGUUGAAAUGGAGCGUGGAGGACGUCUGUUCUUUGAUCUAUUCGUGGCUAUGUGUAAUCAUAUGGAUGAUCUUUCGCCGGAGCAGGCGUCU